AUGUCUGCUGAAGAUACAGGUUCCACAGUGGUUCUAUCACUGCCCUCCGCCAAGGUGGAAAUUCUCAAAUACGGAGCAACGGUCAUCUCAUGGACGAUUGCUGGUAAAGAACAGCUUUGGACUUCCACUGCUGCCAAGCUGGAUGGUUCCAAGCCCGUGAGAGGUGGAAUUCCAUUGGUCUUCCCAGUUUUCGGUAAAUCUUCAGCAGAAGGUUUUGCCGAUCUUCCACAGCACGGAUUCGCCAGAAACUCCACCUGGGAGUUCUUGGGCGUCACUAAGUCCGAGCCAUUGACUGUCCAAUUUGCCCUCAGUCCGGCCGAGGCUAACAAAGAAGUAUACUCCAAGUGGGACAAUGGUGAUAAUGAUUUCACCCUGAUUUUUUCGGUUGAACUCAAGCCAGAUUCGCUCAGCACCAAGAUCGAGGUUGAGAACACCGAUAAGCACGCAUGGAAGUUCAACUGGCUUUUCCACACUUACCUGGGCAUCAACGAGAUCGAGGAUACUUUGGUCAACAAUUUGCCCGGAGAAACUUGCUACGAUCAAUUGUUGAAGGAGACAUACGAGGAAAAGGCCCCUGCCAUCACCUUCUCCGAAGAAACCGACCGUAUCUACAAGGAGGUCAGCACCGAAAAGCUCUUACAGGUAAUUGAACUUGGGAAAGUGGUGCACAAUGUAAGGAGAGAAAAUCUUCCUGAUGUGGUUGUCUGGAAUCCAUGGAUCGCCAAGUCGGGUGGAAUGGGCGAUUUCGAGCCCAAGUCAGGUUACCACAAUAUGCUGUGUAUCGAGCCUGGCCAUGUUCACGACUUUGUGGAGUUGAAGCCUGGUGAAAAAUGGGAGGCUACCCAGACAAUUUACAAAGGUGAUGACAUCAAGUUGCAGUCUAUUUAA